AUACUAUGCCUCAUUAGAAAUCGCUCAAAUUCUAGACUAGCUAAUUCAUUCGAGAUGAAAAAUAAACUAAAUGACAUUCAACUAGAGAAUGAUGAAACAAUGGUUAGUUUUGAUAUAACUAGUCUUUACACUAAUAUACCAGUCAUUAUGGCCUUAGAAGCGGUUAGAAAAGAACUAACUGCGGAUCCUGAACGCAAUCAUAGGACAAAGCUGCCCAUUGAACAAAUUAUUUUAGGGAUUCACUUAUGCCUCACAUCUACUAUCUUUAAAUUCCAAGGUAAAAUAUAUAGGCACACAGAAGGCGUAGCAAUGGGAUCACUAAUAUCCCCUAUCAUAGCAGACAUAUUUAUGGACAGCUGGGAAAAUAGUGCCCUCAAUACAUUUAACCCUACUCCGAAAAUAUGGUGGAGAUAUGUGGAUGACACUUUCACAGUGUUAAAAACAGAACACAUCUCUAGCUUCUUGACACACACAUAUAAACUAACUAGUAGAGGGAAUAAAAUUCACAUUGGAAUCAGAAAAUGAACUAGGAGAAUUAGCUAUGGUGUUAGAUUGUAAAAGAAAACGAAUACAAGAAGGCAAACUGCACAUCAGAGUUUAUAAAAAACCAGCGCACUCUGCUAAUAGAUAUUUAGACUUUAAUU